CUAACAAGCACCCUUCACCCUUUCCCUCCCUUUAUAAAUACCCUCUUACUUACACCCUAUUUUUCUCCUCUAUUUCUCCCCCAAUUUACCAUCCUAGACCAAUUUUCUUUCUACCCUAUUGAUUCUCCAAUUGGGAGAUUGUAAUUCUAAUUGUAAUUAUUUCAAUCCAAUUUCAUUUAUUCGUUUUGAAUUUUGAAAAUGGGGGAUGCAUAUUGCACAGAUUGUAAGAAACACACAGAAGUAGUGUUCGAUCAUUCAGCAGGUGAUACAGUGUGUUCUGAGUGCGGACUUGUUCUUGAAUCGCACUCCAUUGAUGAAACAUCUGAGUGGAGAACUUUUGCUAAUGAAUCGAAUGAUAAUGACCCGGUUCGUGUUGGUGGCCCGAGUAAUCCUUUGCUUUCUGAUGGUGGCCUUUCUACUGUGAUAUCUAAACCUAAUGGCACUACUGGUGAUUAUUUAUCUUCGUCAUUGGGGAGGUGGCAGAAUAGGGGUGCUAAUCCUGAUCGUGGUCUUAUUCUUGCGUUCAAGACCAUCGCCACUAUGGCUGAUAGGUUGGGUCUUGUUUCAACAAUAAAGGAUCGAGCUAGUGAGAUAUACAAGAAGGUAGAAGAUCAGAAGUCAAGUAGAGGACGAAAUCAAGAUGCAAUAUUGGCUGCAUGCCUGUACAUAGCUUGCCGGCAAGAGGACAAACCUCGGACUGUAAAAGAAAUUUGUUCUGUUGCCAAUGGUGCAACAAAAAAAGAGAUUGGUCGGGCAAAAGAAUACAUCGUAAAACAGUUGGAGGUUGAAAUGGGGAAAGCAGUGGACAUGGGAACGAUACAUGCUGGCGAUUUCUUGAGACGAUUUUGCUCAAAUCUUGGUAUGAACAAUCAAGCCAUGAAGGCUGCCCAAGAAGCUGUUCAAAAAUCUGAAGAAAUUGAUAUAAGGAGAAGUCCCAUUUCCAUUGCGGCUGCAGUUAUCUAUAUUAUUACUCAACUUUCAGAGGAGAAAAAACCCCUUAAAGAUAUAUCUCUUGCUACUGGUGUUGCGGAAGGAACUAUAAGAAAUGCUUACAAGGAUCUUUAUCCUCACAUUUCAAAGAUCAUUCCAACCUGGUAUGCCAAGGAGGAAGACCUUAAAAACCUCAACAGUCCAUAGAACAAACGCGAAAGCCACACACAAAUAUUUAACAAGACUCCGACUGCUGUUCCGAUGUGGUUGGAGCUGUACCGAUUUUCUUACAGAUUUUUGUGUUUUCAGUGCGGGCAUGCAAAAGAAAGGCCUGCUCUAACUCUGUGAUGUAACUGGUAUAAAAAAUUCGAGGAUAAUUCUUCCUAAAUGUGCAUAGUUUGUUGUAACAUUGACGAGAUGCACCCAUCUCCAUUCUCCGGUGGGGGCGACUUACGGAUAUACACUUGUUGCAUUAUGGUCGCAAAUCCAGAAUCUGAUUGUUCCAGGAGAAUCAUUGAAGAAUCUGGGUAUUUGAUGCAAAUCUACCUUCUCUGUUUUCUGGGAGAAGGUAUAUGAGAGAUAGAGGGAGAAUAGGAUCUGACUUGCAUUGUUGAAACUAAUCUAUUUUUUUUGUGAGGUAUAUGUAAAAUAUGGAUAUUUGUUGAAUGAUUAUAUUAUUGGAAGUUUUAUAAGUAUCUACACUUCUUGCUUUU